UAGCUUUGUCAUUCCUUCUUUCUCCUUACUUAGCAAUCCCUUCUUUAAAAAAUUUACGAGAAAUCGUUUUAAACAGUCUCCCCUCUCCAAAAAUCCUUUUGCCACCCAAAUUAAAAAUGUUCUACCAUAUAAUGAGGGGUCUUUACAAGCGAGGUCCGACUACAUUUUCAAUUUUAUUUUUUAAUAUCUCCAAAUAUUUCCAGAUAAUUUUUAUUUAUCCUUUACUUCAAAAACGAAUUGGAAUAAGCAAUUUACGUUUAGCCUUGUUUGGGUUAACAUUUAAAAUUGGUUCAGUUAUAAUUUUGGCAUUUACAAAAACCUCUCUAAUUGCCUUUAUGUCCAUUUUUCUUUCAAUUUUUGGCCGGUUUGUGUCAACGGGAUUAAGGGCUAUAGCUAGUGCUUGUGUUAAUGUUGGCAAAAUUUUUUCUCUAAUGUCUUUACUUCAAUCUAUGGGCUUUUUAAUUGCUUCUCCUUUAUUUAAUGGAAUUUACCCUUUUACUUUAAACUUUUUUCCUGGUACAAUGCUUUUGGUUGUUGCAGCUCUCUUAACUUUUUCGGCUGGAUUGCUUAUUUAUUUGGAUGUGAAAAAUAAGAAUUAA